CAUAACUUUGAAAAUGAUGAACCUUCAUAUAAAUCAACCGACUAUAUCCUAAAUGAUAAAGGUGAAGUUUACAAAGAUGACCGAUCUGAAAAGCCUCUAUUACAAAAUGAUUCUGAUCCUUCUUUUGACUCUAUUCUCUGA